AUGAACACAAACUCCCACCAUUCUCAACCCACCACCACCUCCUCCGCCUCUUCUUCCGCCUCUUCCUCCGGCGAGAACCGCCGAAAGAGGCCGAGGGGCACGACGACGACGAGCAACAUAGAGAGCGAGAGCGAAUCGAGCCACUCGACGAGGAAGUACAGAGGGGUUCGUCGAAGAGCAUGGGGAAAAUGGGUGUCCGAAAUAAGGGAGCCAAGGAAGAAAUCAAGGAUAUGGCUUGGCACAUACUCGACGGCCGAGAUGGCGGCACGAGCUCACGACGCGGCGGCUCUUGCCAUCAAAGGCUGUGGUGCAUUCCUCAACUUCCCUGAACUUAAACACCAACUCCCCCGCCCUGCCUCCCUCUCCGCCAAGGACAUCCAGGCCGCCGCCGCAGACGCAGCCACCCUGAAACCACCAAUGGCGGAGGAGGAGGAGGAGGAGGAGGAGGAAGAGACGUGGUUUGAUUUGCCGGAUCUUGUGGUCGGAGGGAGUGAUGGGCUGCUGCUGGCCCGCUAUGAUUCGCCGUGGCAGUUCGGUGGAGAUCAACAAACUUCAUGGCAUUGGGACUCUUAUUCUCAUACUAUUCUUCCUCCUUGACUA